AUGACGAAGCCACGGGUGCAGCCUGGCAGCAAAGCGUUGAGUGGUAAAGGGCCCCGCACCACCUCAAUCGACUCGACUGUCGCUACGCGUGAGAGUGAGAUCGUCAUGGUGCAUGCCAGAACCAAGCCGACUAUCGCCAAGUGGCAGGUUUUCAACAUCGCGCGUAGACUGGCAGCGGUGGCUGCUGCUGUCCAGUACAUUUACACGUCCAUGACGGCGACAUGGUGGGCGCUGCAGGUGCUGACCGGUGCUCCGAACCCAACGGAGACGCUACGAGUCUUCCCGUCGUCACUGAUCGAAGGUUACGUUGGCGAUGGCCUAUUUCGUGACAGUCCACUGGUUCAAGACGUUCUAGGCGGUGACACUUCACCUCGAGAUUUCGCUCUGUUCCUAGAGUCCGAGACGAAGACCUCAACUGAGAAUUGCUCCAAGGUGGAUCUGUUUAAUGGGGACAUCUACAACUACAAGUUCCUCAGCGACGGAUACGCCGGGAUGGUGGAAGACACCAAGUACAAUAUCUCCACGCUGGACAAGUUCGAGCUCGUUGUACUAAUCGUCGACUGCUCGUUUAGUCAAUUGGUUGAGGGCGAUCCUUCCGAGGUGAGGGUCUACAACUUGGUGCGCUCGAAAGACGACCCCAGCGACUUGAACUUGCUCACGACUUCGCUCUCUGUCCAAGAAUAUCAAGUUCCCGUGCUCAACAAGCAAGGCCCAGCGCUCGUGGGCAUGCUCACGCUGAUUCAAGACAUGCACGCGGACCAUGUGGACCAGUAUUAUAUGGUGGCGACCACUUAUCCCUACCAGCGCUCGCUGGACUUCGAGAUGUACGAGUUUGUGGGGGUGACAAGCAACAGCUUCCUCGAGCUGCGCAGUGUGCCGAAGGACCCACUGACAGAACCCGUUAAGCACUUGAUCACGGCCAGAAAGAGGGGCUUUUACAAUGGGGAUAGCCAGUCGAAUGUCCGCACCAUGUACUCGACACUAAGCGGAGUGAGCGCCAAAUCGGCCGUGACGCGCUGGGAGUGGACGGGAGAAGCCGUCACUAUCGACGCGUGGGCUUGGGUGCACUGCAUCCACUUCUUCUUCGGGUUGCAGACGAUCUUCUCCCUUGUCAUCCUCGCUCUGGUCACGUACCAGAAAAUCCGCACCGGGAAGGUUUGGAUUGGGGACCCAUUCGCGACUGUGUCCACUACAAGCAUCGUCAUGCGCGGGCUGCUAGUGUUGGCGUCGUGGUUCCUCGACUCCUUCUGGUCGGUCAACGAGUACGCCAUGUCGAGAGCUGCGAUUCUUACGAGUGUGCCCACAGUGCGCGUUCACAAGGAGUUGGUGCAUGCAGAUAUUCUCAACAUCUUUCUCAGUUUAGUGGGCUUUCUCAGCGCCAUCUUCCGCGAACGGAUCGACCCCGCGAUCGUCAUUUUCCUCUUCGAGAUCAUCCACACGUACCGACUGACGUUUGUUCGCUCGUCGCCCGCAGUUCUGAACGAAGUAAUCACGUACUCUUCAGCUCAGUACAACAUUGGCAUCGCGAAGGUCACCGCUGCACUUGCUGCAAUGUGUCCUCUUCGACUAUGGUCCUCGUUCCAGUUCCCGGCCAAGGAUGCCACUUUCCUUGCCGCGUCGUUUUUCCCAACGAUGUACUUGAUUGUGAUCGUUACGGGGUACGCCAUCCUCCGCAAGAUUUAUCACUACCGCUACCCGGAGCAGGCCCGCCCAAGGUCCAGCAACAGCACCGAUACUUCAGGGAACGAGAAGGCUGCGAUGACCCUGAGAGGGAUCGUCACUAACUUUGAGAUCGCCACGGGGGCUGAGUUGCAAACUCGCUUUGGCCUCAUCUCGGACUACAACAACUACGUCUACUUCAAAGGCAUGAAGUUCGCGUCCGCAGACGGCGUUUAUUGUUCGGGGUAUGUGAUCGUGAACGGCAAGUUUCUGAUCCGUUCGCAGGACUGGCUGGCGAUCGUGAUGAUGAAGCUGUUCCACGCUCGGUUCACGAACGCCUACGCGUAUGAAGUGGAGGGCAAUACUGUCAAGGAGACGGCGCGACUCGUGCACACGACGACGUUCUUGUGGUCCGAUCUAUGGUGGCUGAACGUCUCAGUGCUGUUGUAA